GUUAUAACUGGCGAAGCUAAUGACGACAUGGACAGGGAGACCUUUCAUAAUUGUUGCAAUCUUGUCAAAAGGCAAGGACAACAAGAGUUUUCCUCGCACUUCGUUGAUUACAUAGAGAAAGAUAUAUCCUACUCAAAAUUCUUCAAGAACUACUUGCUUUCAAAUCAGCCCUGUAUGUUUUCGAGGAGAUUCACCGAAGAUUGGAACUGCAGGAAACAGUGGGUUACAGAAGAAGGAAAACCUAAUUUUCAAAAACUCUUGCAGGAAUUUGCUGAGACCGAAGUUCCUGUAGCAAACUGCAAUACAAAGGAAUACAAUGCCAACCCCAAGCAAAUCAUGCCCUUUAAAGAAUUUAUUCAGUACUGGAGAGAAUACAUCCAGAAUGGGCAUUCUUCACCAAAGGGAUGUCUCUACCUGAAAGACUGGCAUAUGAUGAGGAACUUCCCUGAACACAACGCCUAUAGAACCCCUAUAUACUUCUCCUCUGAUUGGCUGAAUGAGUACUGGGAUACCAUUGAAGUGGAUGACUAUCGUUUUGUCUACAUGGGACCCAAAGGCUCAUGGACACCUUUUCAUGCGGAUGUGUUCCGCUCCUACAGCUGGUCGGCAAACGUGUGUGGCAGGAAGAAAUGGCUUCUGUACCCGCCCGGACAAGAGGAGUUUCUGAGGGAUUGCCAUGGCAACCUGGCGUACGACGUGACGGGACCAGUGCUUCAGGACAAAGACCAGUUUCCACACUUUGAAGAGGCCUGUCAGCCCCUGGAGAUCAUUCAGGAGGCUGGAGAGAUCAUCUUUGUACCAAGCGGUUGGCAUCAUCAGGUUUACAAUUUGGAGGACACCAUCUCCAUUAACCAUAAUUGGCUGAAUGGUUGUAAUUUGGAUAUUAUGUGGGAGUUCCUUCAGCAGGAGCUCUCUUCUGUUCAGAGAGAGAUAGAGGAGUGGCGAGACACCAUGGAGUCCUGGCACCAGCACUGUCAGGUCAUCAUGAAGUCCUGUACUGGAAUUGACUAUAAAGAAUUUGCCUCUUUCUUAAAAACUAUUGCAUGCAACCGAAUUUCCUUUUUGAACUCCUGUCCUGAAACCGCAUCAACCUGUGAGAGUGUUGCCUCGGAGACCCUGUGUGCCCUGGGUCCUCACCAUGCAGCCUUUGACCUUCAGAGGGUGACUCAGAUACUGGAAAUGUUGCUUAGCAAUGAGGAUUUCAAGAGACUGGAACCGUCUGCUCUUAGCUUUAAGCCUGACGACCUGCUGCAGGAGAUAAGGGAAGCCAUGAACUCCAUUAUGUAAGGGAAGCAGUGUCUUUUAAUCACACACACAA